AUGCAGUCCCUGCUCUCUUCUCCUUUGGCAGCCAACACGACUGCCAUCAUCUCCGCCAGCACAAUUUGGUCACAAACGGAACCACUGCGUAUGAUGAAGACCUUGACAUUACUUCUCUCCGGCUUUCUCCCCUUCCUGUCCUACUCCUCCCCCCCUCUUCAACCGCAGCACUGCAAACCUCUCCCAGGAGAGCCUCACUGGCCUUCUCCGCAGCAAUGGACUGACCUGAACACUACAAUCGGCGGCAAGUUGAUCUCGCCACCUCCACCCGGAGCAGUCUGUCAUCCAAGCUGGCCAGAGCAGUUCAACAACGAUUCAUGUCUAGUAUUGCGCAAGAACUGGGUGCUGUCAGACUGGCACGCCGAAAACCCGAUCACAAGCGAUUACAACGACGACACCUGUCUCCCUUACCCCGAGCUUGGCGCGCCUUGUAGUAGGGACGGCUAUCCUGCCUACACAGUGAAUGCCAGCACGCAUGAGCACGUUGCUGCUGCUGUGAAGUUCGCGGCGGAGACGGGAGUCAGGCUCGUCAUCAAGGUACGGGACAUGACUUUCCGGGUCGGUAUGUGGUCUCCGUUAUCUGCCGGCCGUGGCUCGCUCUCCAUUCACACGCACCACCUCAGAGGCGUAGAUGUCACCCACAACUCACCGCUGGCCGCCAAGUACAGCCCAGCCACCGCCACUGUCAAAAUCGGAGCUGGGAUGCGCAUGUUCGAGCUCUACCGGCGCAUGGCCGAGGAGAAUCUAAGCAUAGUCGGUGGUGCGGACCCGAACGUGGGUAUAGGUGGCUGGAGCGGUGGCGGCGGCCACAGUCCAGUGUCUGCUCUUUAUGGUCUGGGAGCUGAUCAAGUCGUUGAGAUGGAGGUUGUCACUGCCGAUGGCGAAAUUAGAGUACUAAAGGGAAGUUGUGGAGGACCACUGAAGGAGUUGUUUUGGGCGAUGAGAGGUGUGAGUACUCCAGAUCUCCUUUUGCGUCUUGACUGGGGCGGACCAUCGACAUACGGAGUCCUCCUCUCCGUAACCAUGCUCGCCUACCCACCAGUCAGCCUGUCCAACUACGUCUUCCUCUACAACACCACCGCCGUCUCGCAGUCCUUCUGGAACAUGACUGCCCUUUUCCACCAACACUUACCUCGCAUUGCUGAAGCAGGAGGUAUGGGCUACUACUUUAUACUGCCAAACGUCUCGGUGCUUGCCGGCGAGAACGGGAACUCUGGGAUGGAGAUACCCUUCAACGCCUCACUUGUUCCUCCGUCGCAACAGGGACUGAUCUUUGGGUCAUUCAUGUUCAACACUUCGAUCCAUAUCAUAUCCGAGAUCAUGGCGCCGCUCGAGGAAGCCCUACGCGACUUGUCAAGCAGCAUGCCGGAUCCCAUCAACGCCGGUGGCUUUCCCGUCCCUGCCACUGAUCCCUUCAGUAAGGCGUGGCAAGCCAACGCCGGACAAACAGUUGGGUCGACGCACACCCGCCUUGGCUCCUGGCUGCUCGGCUCCAAAGGCCUCUCCCAACCACUCUCCGAAAUGGCCGCCGCAUUCGCCGCAGCAAGUGGGAGAUACCCAUUCAUGCCCCAACUCGGCCACCUGGUCUCCGGCCCAGGCUCACAUCGUUUCGCAGGCGAGAACGCGGCAAAGUUACCAGGAGGAGGUAAUGCCCUCCUUCCAGCCUGGCGAACAGCUUACACCCACGUCGUGCUUCCCGCAUCGUGGGGGCUUGGCGUGGAAGAGAAGGCAGUCGCGACCAAGGACCUGCAGGAGAGGGUGAAUGCACUCAAGAAGUUGGAGCCAGGCUCUGGGGCGUAUAUGAAUGAGGCAGAUCCAACGAACCUGGAGUGGAAGGAUGACUACUUUGGGAAAGAGCAUUAUGAGAGGUUGUCGGAGGUUAAGAGGUGUUGGGAUCCGAGGGGAGUCUUCUGGUGUAGGAGCUGUGUUGGGAGUGAUCUGUGGGAGUGGACCGAGGGAGAAGGUGUACUUGGAGGGCAAGGAGUUGGGCAGGAUGUAGGUAGAUUGUGUCGGAAAGAGACGUAG